GAACUUUGCGUCUGACAGUAGAUACAUACAUACUUGCGCUGAUGCCAUUCAACCUUGUGUAAAAGAGUUGUCCUUCAUUCUAUAUUUCUAUAUUUUGCAGAACCAUCAGCAAGAUUGAAGUCUGCUAAACAAAUGGAAAGAAGACAAGACAAGCGUGCCAGUAUUGAAGGGUCCCUUCUUUCUCCAUCAAUGGAAAUGUUAUCUAGUAAAGGAUCUUCCAGUUCCAAAUGUGAAAUCAGUGCACUUGGUCAUGGUGACACAGUCCACCAAUCACAGGAGUCCUUGGUGCCAGCUUAUCCAAGUGACCAUGAGGAUAGUGUCCAGCUACGCACCUUGGAGCAGACUGAUGCUGAUGAUGAAGAAGAAGUUGACAUUGAUCAGGUGUCUUCCAAAUCCUCAACUGAUGAGUCUCGACUGCUUGACGUUCAUCUAGAAUCUUGGAACUCUCAACCUGUUACCCAAACUGCACGACCAAUUGAAACCACAGACAGUGUGUGUGGACUGCUGGACAUAGAGGAGGUGAGAGAUGUGUGGACUGAGCCUCCCAAUGGACGUGCCUCAUUCCCCAGUCAAGCAUUGCUCCACAGAGCUCGAGGGGGUGACGAUUACCUAAGGUUUGUGACAACAGCCUCCACACCAAACCUCUCUUCCACUCCAAUCCGACCACUAAACCAUGGUUCCGAUAUACCGAGCAACCAUUGUGCUGAGACUUCUGCUCUGGAUUGUCAGCAUGUGCGCACCAAUCUCGGGCUUGUGAGGAGGGCCAGCAGUGCUGGGGAGAGCCACUUGGCUUUCCAACACCGACCGACUGCUGAGAGAGACAGUGAUUUCCUAACAAUACCAAGGGUUUCUAGCUAUCAAAACUCCACUGGCCGAGAUGUCAGCUCCAUAAAAUCUGAACGACUAGACGAGGAAAUACGGAACUUGCAGGUUGCAGUAAACUUGAGAUCUAGCAUGACUGAAGGCAUAUAUGAGCAUGUCGUGCUUGCCGAUGAGAGAUUGGCUGGAGAACCACAGGACUUUACAUGCAGUCCAGGGAAAAUGAGUGUCGCCACUUUCCUGUCGAGUGGUCAAGCUGAAGAGAAACAUCAACGUGGUAACCUAAGCCCCCAUGAGGAUGCUGAGAGCCGAGAAACAUGGGAGGAGAAAGCCAGCUCCAUUCAUGUCACCAAGACUGGCCUGAUGUUAGGCCGGAAUUCUCCACCUUUGCCCAAACAGGAAUUGAAAACUAUCGAGUCAUUGGAUGAGAGGUUUGUGUUGCCUGAGAAAGCAUACAAGAAGCUGAAGAAUGAUUGGGAAGAAUGCAGCAAGAGGGACAGCUGCUUGGCUCCUGACAGUGAUUUGCGUUCUUGCGGGCUGGGGGGUUUUGUUUCUGAGGAGAAUCUUCGGUUCAAUGGCAACGAAGCUCCCAACUGCUACUGCUUGAUGGAGAAGAGUCACUUGGACUGGAACAGCUCCAUUAGUUCUUACUCUGAGUCACGUGAAUCUGUCCCAGACAAACUGUCUGAGGAGGUAGAUGAAAUCUGGAAUGAUCUGGAGGACUACAUCAGGAAAAGUGAGACGACCAAGCGGGACCGUCUGCCUGCAGCUUUCCCAGUCAGUGAGGACGACCUGUGUGGACCAGUUAGCUCCCGGGGCAGUCGGAAGGAAAGGUCACUUGCUUGCUCAACAAAGGUGAGCCCUAGCUUUGUUGAAGCAGUGAAGAACAAAUCUGGCAGAGUGAGCACUAGUAGUGUCAAGAUGGAUUACAGCGAGCCAUCACUGAUAACGGCGAGUAUUGCCUCCUCUUUGGAUGGUGAGGCAAUUGAGACAGAGGGUUUAUGGGGCAGUACUAAUGCUGAGACUGGCCAGGAUCUAGACAUCAUGGAUCGAACCAAACGCAGAGUCUAUUACAUGGCCCGGCAGUAUAGCCAAAAAAUCAAGAAGGCCAAUCAGCUGCUGAAGAUGAAGAACACAUCAGAGCAAUCACCCUCUGAUCAACCCAAGAGAAAGUGCAAGGACCUGGUGGCUAUUCUGGAGGAAAAGAAACAAGGCGGUACUGCUAUUGGUGCCCGAAUUGCUGAAUACUCCCAGCUGUACGAUCAGCUCCUGUUCAGAGAGACUCCAUCCAAAUCAUCACCGAGUAUGCCAGUAGACAACAGUGGUGAGGUGUGGGCACAAAAAACUCUGCAAAGCCCAGUCUCCAGUCACCCCUCCCAUGAGCAUUCCCUGGGCACUGAGGACUGGCUGCUACACUCUACCUACAGUAAUGGGGAAUUGGCAGAUUUUGUUGCUUGGCCAGAUAUUCAGGGACUUGCUGCUAAAUAUUCUAUCCAAGAGAAGAACGUGACAAGUGGGCAAUUUCAGAACAGAGGGGUGUUGGCUGGCUCAGUCCCUUCUGUUGCAGCCUGUCCAUCUGUCCCAAUGCAGCAGCGAUGGAGUGCCAUUAUUGUCCCGUCUGGUGGGCCAGACUGCUUGGCACGUGGCUACAGCUCCCUGGGUCGCAGGACGAGUGAUGGUAAGCAACAGGAGACUUCACUGUCUUCUCCAACUGUGUCAAUGAGCCAGUCCUCUGAAUCUAUUGACCAUGCCUCAGACAAGGAGGCAGUAUUCUCUAAACAGGAUUCUGCCUCUGACAGACUGCAUGUUGGGAGCCAAGAAGUCGAGGAGCCAGCUCUGACUUUACGGGACUCGGAGAAGAUUGUUGUAGUUAACAGGGUUCCGCCAUGCGAUCCCCUACUGGCAACGCAGAACUACUUUGCCAAUUUCAAUGACACUGGGGAAGAUGAUGAAGACUACGUGGAGAUUAAAUCUGAGGAUGAGGAUUAUGAAGACUUAGAUGAGGGAACCUUCACUCAUGACCUGAGCUUGCAUUUUAAUGGCAAAGCAGAAUCGACUCCUGAUCCUGGCAGCGCUCGUUUGGCUCAUGCCUCCUGUAUCCCACUGUCAAAUAGCAGUGCGGUGGGCUCUUUAACUAUGUUGGCAGAGCCUGAUCAGCUGAGCCACUAUCUGUGGCGGGAGCCCUCUCCCAGCCAGCAGAAUAUUGUUCAGACUCUGCGGGACAAGUUUCAGUGUCUCAGCUCCAGCAGCUUUGCUUGAACAUUUGGUCCCGGUUCGAAGACUGAAGAGAGAUAACAAGGAAACCAUAACACGUUAACUGUUUGCAAGCACCUCUUGUAGAUUUCCAGCUACCCUGCCACCAUUCUGCUAUUGCUGUCGAAGUCGGCGAACCUUUUGUGUCAAAUAGUAUCUAGGUUGUGGCAAUGAACAAGUUUUGGAAAUGCAAAAAAAAUGCAAAUAGGGUUUAGUUUUGUGUAAAAACAGGAACCAGUGGCAAAAGUGACCAGGAAAUGCAUAUGUAUCUUGCAUGCUAUGAGGAGUAUAAGUGCUGGGGGUUGGAAGAUUUGAUCCGGGGUAAUUGGCUGCCUGUAUCUGAUCCAGAUCUUUUAUGGACUCCAGUCUCACUCAGGAUGUCUUUGUUUUGAGUGGGGAAUGAUCUGUACACAAGAAUGAUCCAAUCUGUCCGAGUCCUAACCUCGGAGACUGAGGGCAUUACCGCUUCACACAUCAAAUUGCAUAAACCAUAAAUGGAGCUGUUUGGGCAAAAUUUCUUCUCCCUGUCCAGCUAGCUAUGGGACUAUUAUUGAAAUUGAGUGGUGGAAAGAGUGGCUAGUGUGAACAAUAUGAUGGGCUUGUUGAAAUUUGUCAAAUGAAAAACCAGGUUAAAGAGAAAGAAGACCCAGCCCUCAUUCAGUUUGCCUGUCGUUUCUCCACAGACCAUCGAUGUAUUGCCUUUUUGUUUAAAAGGAAAAGACGUUAGAGUUCAGAAUUUUGACUGGUCAGUUACCAGCUGGAAAAGUGACCACAUGAUAUAACUGGAGUCCGACCAUCAGCCUGUUGGUUCUUCACCCCCUGUACGUUUCCUGGUUUCCUCUGUGCUAAACCUCCACCCCCUUGCCCCUGCCCAUCACCAGUUGCCUCUGAUGUUAUUGCAUCAAACCGAUUUGAUUCCUCCUAUCGCAGCACUAAUGCUAAAUGCCUUCAGGCUUCUCUUACUUGUGCUGAGCUAGUCAUCCUUUUCGAAAGAGCAAACAUUGAGAAACUGGGAAAUUCAACAGGUUAAUUUGCUCAGAUGAGGAGAAGAUGAAAGACAACAGCACCUCUGCUCACUUGUAUAAAGUGGAAAUUUGCAUAAGCACUCUGUUCUUUGUGAGUUGAAGAUAGUCAAUGAUUUUAGUGGGGGCCAGGGUAAGAAGGGGUGGUGACUGCUGGGGAAGGUAUUGACAUUGGGAAUUUCAGAAAGCGAUAUUGAUACCCUAUCAUGAACUAUUUACCAACUAGACAUUUACUAUAUUGCUAGCCUGUAUUGGUAUCAGUGACUUUUUUCUGUAAUGGAGCACAGAGUGCAAGGUAAGAGGGUGGUACUGCAGAUUAUGGUAACUAAUGAAGGAAUGCACUGAUUAAAAAUCAUGUACUGAUUACAUUGAUGUAUUGGUCUCUGUUUGGAGACUGGGAGUUCCAAUCUUUCUCACUUGAUUCUAUACAUUCCACAUGGUUAUUUCAUGGUUAUAGAUUUUUACAUAGACUAUUGGUUGUGAGUAACUAGAAGUUGUUUCAAUUGUUGAAUCUUUUCAUCUUCAGCUUAUUAAUUAUUCUGAGACUAGAUGUAAACUUGUUCACAGCCCUUUACUCAGGUUCCACUUGCCUCCAUUCUAGUUCCACAGACACUGACCAUUUCUGCUGGUAUCAUCUUCAUCCGAUUUUUCACUAUAAUCGCAAAUAAGAUCUUGAUGUUCAGUGAAAGAUGCUGUUUGGGAUCCGAGAUCAAUUGGAAAGUGUUCAUCGUGGGAAACAUUGAAACCCAGUAACCUGUUCACAACAAAUGGGCAAAUCUAGAUCUAACCGCAGUCCAAUCAAGUAUUGCAUUCAGACUUUGGCAAGCUGUUUGUCUAGUCAUUUGUGUGGACUUAAAGUGCUCAGAAUACAGUAUCUUAAUAUAAUUUGACACCCCACUGUUUAGAAAUCCCGAGUCUAAGGUUUGUGUCUCUGGAUCACAAUUUAAUUGAUGCUGCAGUAAAUUUAAUCAAUUCUUUUUGAAUUCUCCCUGUCUCUACAGUUAAUUGAACCAGUAAUCUUUUUCAUUUUAGUUGGCAGUGGGCUUCAAAUCAGUCACUCAUUCAUUCAUUAUGAAUUUGCACCAUAGGUUUAUUAGAGAGCCGUGUACUGUUUUGAAAUCUUAUAGAAUAAGCCAUACAUAAGGUGCCCAAAAGAAUUUUAUAGAUCUACACCACAUCUACUCUAUAUAUCUGAACAUCCCUGAGAAAACUAUCAGGGAAAUUACCUCCUUGUUUAUAUCUCUGUGCCUCCUUUUCAUAAAACAUAAAUAAUAGCUGUACACUGAACCCAGCUUCAGGUAACAGUACCGCAUGUGACUAGGAUAUGAAUCCCAUUGCUUGGUCUUCCAUCACAAAUUUGCCACUUCCUCACUUGACUGUUCAUCCAUAUUGAAAACUGGACAAACAAAUGGUGAGUUUAUUUUUGAGAUACAAGGCUUCUAAUUUUAAGCAUCAUGAGAUGCACUUGAUGUAGCAACUGAAGUGAGGGUUUAAUGACUUCUAACCUUGAAAGUCAGUGGAUAGUAACAGUUCACAAAAUAUAGUUAGAAACUUUAAAAUUUCAUAUCAGAAAUUUUUAGUAUUAGGUUAAUACUUUGCAAUUCUCAUUCAUUGCAUAUUAGCUCGAGUUAAUGAAUUAAAAUGAACAUCACUGAACUGGAGAGGGGAGAUACUGAUGUUUAUAUUCUGGAAAAUUAUUUCAGAAUUCCCUGAGUUACCAGUUUAAUUUCCUAAUAUCAUUCCUUUUUAGAAGCUAUAUUGUACAAAUCACAUUGCCAGGAAUUGAUCUGCAAUGGUAAGGGAUUAUAAUGAAAAUCACUUGCAGUUCUGACAUGUGGUACUUGAAGGUAAUUUUUUUCCAGUGUUGAAACUGAAGUGACUGCUGAGAUGACCAAGUUAAAUUUAAUGAAAAAAACUCUCAAACUGAGGUUGUGAUGACUUGUCCUGUGGACAAGAGAUUGAGCUGAAUAAUGACUUCCAAUAAAAAAAAUUGCACUUUUUAUGGUUUAUUUUGUAAAAAUUUCUGAAUGUUGAACAUGUAGCAAAAUAUUUUUUAAAAAUUGCUCGCUUAAUUAAUUUUACUUUGCUCAAAGAAAAGCUGAGCCUAAUGCAUGCCAAAUUUACCAGGAAUAGUUCUAAAAUCUCAUUUUAACUUUUUUAUAAUAUUGUUUUCUGUCUGGAGGAACAUCCUCCAUGUACACUAUACAGAAAUGAUUCAUUUGAAAUAAAUAACUGAAGUCUU